AUGGCUCAAUUGCUAUCAUCUUCUUGCUCCUUGACUUUCUCUUCUACAAAUAAACCAACUUUAAAACCUUUUAACCAAUGUUCAGCAUCAUUUUCUAAUAGAGUUGGUUGUAAUUAUUCUUCCAGAACUCGAUUUAGACGUCUUUUUUUGCGAGAACAGAAGCCAAGCAAACGUUUUGCAGUUGUAAAUGCUGCGACUGUUUCAACCGGGCAGGAAACUCCGGUUCAAACUAAUUCCGGGGAGCCUUUUAAACCGAAGCGGGUUAUGGUCAUUGGUGGAGAUGGAUACUGUGGUUGGGCAACUGCCCUCCAUCUUUCUAACAAAGGCUACGAUGUUGCCAUUGUUGAUAACCUUGUUCGACGCCUUUUCGAUCACCAGCUCGGGCUAGAUUCUUUGACGCCGAUUUCCUCCAUUCAGGAUCGUAUUCAGCGUUGGAAAUCGCUUACCGGGAAAAGUAUUGAGCUAUUCAUUGGUGAUAUAUGUGAGUUUGAGUUCUUAUCUGAGACGUUCCAGUCUUACGAGCCUGAUGCUGUUGUACAUUUUGGGGAACAGCGGUCUGCUCCUUACUCUAUGAUAGAUCGGUCGAGAGCUGUGUAUACACAGCAAAACAAUGUUGUCGGGACACUGAAUGUGCUCUUCGCUAUAAAAGAGUAUAAAGAGGAUUGCCAUCUAGUUAAGCUUGGGACAAUGGGUGAAUACGGGACUCCGAAUAUUGAUAUCGAGGAAGGUUAUAUUACCAUUACUCAUAAUGGAAGAACAGACACUUUGCCGUACCCGAAGCAAGCUAGCUCAUUCUAUCAUUUAAGCAAGGUGCAUGAUUCACAUAACAUAGCUUUCACUUGUAAAGCUUGGGGGAUUCGUGCGACUGACCUGAAUCAAGGAGUAGUAUAUGGAGUAAAAACAGAUGAGACUGCAAUGCAUGAAGAGCUGUGUAAUAGGUUUGAUUACGAUGCAAUAUUCGGAACUGCGUUGAAUCGGUUUUGUGUUCAGGCUGCUGUUGGUCAUCCACUCACUGUAUAUGGUAAAGGAGGCCAGACUAGGGCCUUCCUUGACAUAAGAGAUACAGUCCAAUGUGUUGAGCUUGCAAUUGCGAACCCGGCCAACCCUGGAGAAUUUCGAGUCUUCAAUCAAUUUACGGAACAAUUUAAAGUGAGUGAACUAGCCAACAUUGUUACAAAAGCUGGCGAGAAGCUAGGUCUUGAUGUGAAAACCAUAUCAGUUCCUAACCCAAGAGUGGAGUUAGAAGAGCAUUAUUACAAUUGCAAAAACACUAAACUAGUUGAUCUUGGACUAAGACCACACUUUCUUUCGGAUUCCCUCAUUGAUUCACUUCUCAACUUUGCGGUUCAGUAUAAAGAUCGCGUUGACAAGAAGCAAAUUAUGCCUGGUGUUUCUUGGAGAAAGGUUGGGGUCAAAACAAAAACUAUUUAA